AUGGAGAUCAUAUCCACCACUAGGAAUACAAUUGGAACGUCCUCUUCCUCUGCUACUCAUCAGACCGAAUGGAGUUUAGAGAGCUUUCUUCAACAUCAUCUGGCUAAAUUUAAUGGGAAGUGCCUACCAGAUGAGGUCAAUCAGUGGUUACGUGAUAUGGAGAGGAUUUACAAUGCAAAGAGGUGUCUAGAUGACAAUAGGCUGGCGUUUACCGAGUAUCUAUUGACUGGGGAAGCCAGUCAUUGGUGGAAUAGCAUGAAGCUAAUAUUAGAAGGAAUUCAUAUUCCCAUCUCUUGGGAGAUAUUCAAGAGUAGGUUUUAUGAAGAGUACUUUCCUAAUAGCGUUCGGUUCGCUAAAGAGGUAGAAUUUCUUCAACUGGUUCAAGGAGGAAUGUCUGUAUCUGAGUAUAUAGAUAAGUUCAAACAUUUAGUGAGGUUUAAUACUAUGGCUACCAAUGAAGAGUGGCAGUGUCGAAAGUUCGAAAAUGGGUUGAGAAGUGACAUUAAACUGCUGAUCUCAAGUCUAUGUAUUAAGUCUUUUCCUCCAAUGGUGGAGAGGGCCAAGGUGUUAGAGAAGAAUAUACUUGAGGUAGAACAACAGAAGAAGCAACAACAACAGAUUGUUAGAGGACCGAUCUCUUCCAGAAACGGUACGGGUCCGAAGAAAACUCCCUAUACUCGCCCUCCAUCUUCUCAGCUAUCAGGUCUGGUCAGUCAGUCUGGACAGCAAGGAACAAUGGCAUGUUUUAAUUGCUGA